AUGGCAACAGACGAAAUUACACAACGCAUUCUCCGCAUCUCGGACAUUGAUAAUGAACCUCAAGAGAUACUCGCGCCAAUUCAUAGCUAUGAUCAAAUGCCAUUGAUGUCACUUGAAGAAGCCGUACAACCACUCGUUCCUAUUCUACCUGCAGUACAAGAUUAUGCUUAUAUGGCCAAAGAAAAAUGCAAGAAACCUGAAGAUGGUUUGACACAAGAUGAGUCAGCUUCGAUUAUGCUCUACUCGAUGGGAUGGGAACCACUCGAACAAUGUCUAUAUUUUGCUUUGAAUGCCGCACUUCGAUCAGCAGAUAGACAAAAUCUUGAUCCAUGGUACCUCUAUCUCAAAUUGAUUCUAACUGCACUCUCACGUCUACAAUCUCAACAUCGAUUUGUCUAUCGAGGCGUUAAAACAGAUUUGAGUGAUCGCUAUCGAAAAGGUGAGAAAAUUGUAUGGUGGGGAUUUUCCUCAUGUACUAUCUCAAUUGAUGUACUACAAUCUGAAUUAUUUCUGGGUAAAACAGAAACAAGAACGAUGUUUACUAUUGAAUGCAAUUCAGGCAAAGAUAUUCGUAAUCAUUCCUUUUUUUCAAAUGAAGAUGAAAUACUUCUUCCUGCUGCUAUCCAAUUUAAAGUUGUUGGUUGUCUCGAUCAAGGCCCUGCUCUUAAAGUGAUUCAACUGAAAGAAAUUGAGUCACCCAUACCAUUAAUACAACCAGUGACACUUGCUGUUCAUUCGAAUGCAGCAUUAUCUAGUAAGUAA